AUGUGCACGUCGCAUGUGCAGGUGAAGAAGGCUGACGACUGCAUCGGCGACGCCGUCGCGAAUGCCGUCGCGAGUCUCGCAGAGGGUGAAGUUCUGCUGCUCGAGAACCUGCUCUUCCAUGCCGGGGAGACGACGAACGACGCCGGUUUCGCGCAGCAGCUCGCGGCAAAUGCGGAUCUGUACGUUAAUGAGGCGUUGAGGCUGGCGAGCUCGGAACACGCUUCGACCGUUGCCAUAACCCGGUACUCCAAGUCCGUUGCUGGACUUGCACUGGCCAAGGAGCUGGAUUACUUGGUUAAGGCCAUCUCUGAGCCCCAACGUCCGAUGAUGGCACUCGUUGGUGGAUCCAAGCUUUCCUCAAAGAGUACCUUGCUGGAGAGUCUUCUUGACAAAUGUGAUGUUAUUCUGCUGGGCGGCGGCUUGAUCUUCACGUUAUACAAGGCGCAGGGCUUAUCGAUUGGAAGCUCGAACUGCGAGGAGUCUCAGAUAGGCCUGGCGGCCAGUUUCCUUGAGAAGGCGAAUGCCAAGGGCGUGCAGGUGGUCUUGCCCACAGACGUCAAUAUCGCCGAUAAAUUCGAUGCCCAUGCCAACACCCAGAUGGUGUCAAUAAAAGCCAUUCAGGACGGCUGGAUGGGUCUGGACCUCGGAGAUGAUACAAUCAGGUCGUACGAUCAGAAGCUCUCUGAUGCCAAGUCCAUAUUCUGGAACGGCACCAUGGGUGUCAACGAGUUUCCGAAAUUUGCGGCUGGAACCAAUGCCAUUAUUUCUAAGCUCGCAGAAAUGACGGAACGUGGUGCCACGACCAUCGUCCUAGGCCGUGACACCGUGGCAGCAGUCGAACAAGCAGGAUUCGCUAACAAGUUGACCCAUGUCUCGACGGGUGACACCGCGGGCUUGGAUCUGGUGGAGGGUAAGGUGCUUCCUGGUGUUGCUGCCCUUCACGACCAGUGA